AUGUUGAAUAAAGCAUGGGGUACAGUACAUGGGGAAUUCAAAAAGUGUUCAUCAUUUGGGUCUGAAGAUGGCCUGGUGGAACAACUGAUCAGUCUAGUUUCUGACCUUCCUGGAUACAGCUUUUCCCCUUGGGUUUUGGAAUCCUACAUGGCUGCUGAUGGGAAUGCUCUUGUUCCCUUGCGUCAGAAGACCAAACAGAAAAGUCAAGGGAUUGUUAUUAUGAGUCGACGGAGGAUAUCGUGCAAGGAUCUGGGACUAGUUGAUUACCAGGGGUGGCUCUACAAGAAAAAGGAAAAAGGACCUUUCAUUGGCAACAAAUGGAAAAAGUUCUGGUUCGUGCUGAAGGGGUCAUCAUUAUACUGGUACAGCAGCCAAUUGGCUGAGAAAGCUGAAGGAUUCAUCAACCUGCCAGACUUCACUGUGGACCGAGCGAGUGAAUGCAAGAAAAAGUAUGCUAUUAAGGUCAGCCACCCACAGAUCAAGACAUUUUAUUUUGCAGCAGAGAAUGUGGAGGAAAUGAAUAGGUGGCUAAAUAAACUGGGGCUAGCUGUAAUUCCUCAGGCAUCCAAUGGAAAGAAUGAAGAAGAAUGCUAUAGUGAGAGUGAACAUGAAGAUCCAGAAAUAGCAGGAGAGACUCCACCCCCUCCGUACACAGAACAGCCACCUUCUCCUCAUUUGCAGCAGUCCUUAUUGAUCUCGCCGCUAUCAAGUGAAGCAUCCUGUUCUCUCUCCUCCCUGGAAAGCACCAUGAAGUCACAAGAUUCCUCAUCUUCCUUGCUAGCCAAAAUGGCUCAUUCGGAGAGACAGUCUUGGCUUGACAUAGUUAACACGGAAGAGGUUGAUCAGCCUUUAUCAUUCUGUGUCCAGAUUCAUGCUGAUGAUCAUCCAAUGGCAGACAGUAGUGAAAUGGCAGAAAGCCGGCUUCUCAAAUCUAAUAAUGGAUCUCAGAACUCUUUAUUAAGUGAAGGCACAACUUCAUCAGACAGCAGCAGGGAUCGCCUAACUGUGCCAGAAGAUUUGAUAGGAACGAAGACACUAUCCAAAGAACAGGCAAAAUGCUCCGAAGAUGAAAUGGAGCGACUUUACAAGUCAUUAGAACAAGCAAGUUUGUCUCCCAUCGGGGACCGUCGACCUUCAACCAAAAAAGAACUCAGAAAGUCCUUCGCCAAACGGAGCAAAAACCCCUCCAUGAACGAGAAACUCCACCAAAUCCGAAUGCUGAAUAGCACAUUAAAGUGUAAAGAGCAUGACCUGGCCAUGAUUAACCAAUUGCUGGAGGAUCCUGAGCUGACAGCAAGGAAGUAUAGAGAAUGGAAGAAUACAAACACAAUGUUGAUCCAAGAGAUCUAUCAGCAGCAGGAUGCCCUAGCUGUGCCGGGAGGGAAUAGCAAGGAGCCAUAG